GACAAGAAGAAGAAGUUUUCCGCGCAUGCGUAUGAGUACAGUAGCUCUGAGCGGGCUGAUUCAAAAUAUAACACAACAUGGAUUUGAUAUCUGCGCUGCAGUUUCUGAGGUUAAAUGAAAUCCCAGCAGCCUGGGUGGAUGAGGUGUGGGACCUCGAGUUCACUGAGAGGAAACAACUCGAUGACGCCUUAGGAGGAGACGUCGUCGUCAUCGGAGUAAAGGACUUCAAACACCUGUACCAGUGUUUACUGACCCAUGCCGCUGAGCAACAGCAGUCUGCAGGCAGGGAUGGAGCGUCACAGAGUGUCUGGUCCACGCUGGGGGAGAGCGGGGUGUCGGUGAAGACUCUGGUGGCUGUGCUGUCCUCCUUUGUUCUGGCGGGGAAAGCGAAGGGGGCCAGCGUCCAGCAGAGAGUGAGCGCUCUCCACGCGUCCUCACUUUACCUGCUGCUGCUGGGAAUCCCAGGGAGCAUUGCAAACAAGGUUUUCCACGAGGUUUUAUUGGACACAUGCUCAGACCUGACCUCUGACUGCUGGCCUCAGGACUGUGGAAAGAAGCGCAAGAAAGACGGCGUGAAGAGUUCUCAGGCGGAGGGCAAACGCUCCAAACACCAGAGGAAAGACACUCCAGAGAAGGAGGUGGAUGAAGCAGAGGACGAGGAUGAGGAAGUGGAGCAUCACUUCUCCAGCCAGGACCUGAUGAAGAUCAGAGAUGCAGUGGUUUACUUGGUUCAAAGCCUCCUCAGACUUCUGCAGACGUUCCCUCUCAAAGACAAACCACAGAGCGCCAGCCACUGCACACAGAUCUUCAGCAAGCUGCUUUCAUUUGAGCCCGUCGUCGGAGAGCCAACCUUUGCUGCUGAGCAAGAUAUCACCAAGCUGAGGAGUGUUCCUGAGAUGGCUUUCUACGGCCUGAGGCUGCUCUGCUCCCCAAAACACGGAGACCAGAAAGAGUCCCUGCGGAGGGUUUUUCACAGGCUGCUCUACGUGAUCCUGAUGAUGAAUAAAGGCAACAGAGGGAAGCCCACGCUCCUUGUAACCAGCCAGGCCGUCCUCUCCACACGAAACCAGGCCAUCACUUUUAUUUGUCAUCUUGUGGAUGAGCUGAAGGAGCUGGCGCUGCCUUUUCUCCAAAUCCUUCUGCAGCAUAUCUGCUAUCAGAUGGUGGAGAAGAGCGACUACCGAAACCACGGGGCUCAGGCUGUGAGCAUGUUGACGUCUCAGAUGGCGAGUACAGACUACGCCUGCUUCAUCAAGUGGCUGUUUAACUUCUCCAGACACUCAAAGAUGGUGCACCGGCUGUUCUCUGUGGAUGUUGUGAUGGUUCUGCUGGAGCAACCGGAGAGGAGGUCUGAGGACUGUCAGGAUCCAGAGCUCGCUUCCCUCCUACCUCACAAGUUCCUGAUCCAGAAUGUGCUCUUCUCUCGACGGAUGGACGACUCCCCGACCGUCCAAGGCCACGCUUUUGCCUGCCUGGCUCAGUGUCUGGAGCUGCCUUCACUCAAUGUCACCCGGGCCGUCCACAGCCUCUUCUCGACCACUGGAACACAGACGGUGUUGGAAAGUAAUAUCACAGAAGAGAGUCACAGCUCUCAGCAGACUCAGAAAACCUACCGCACUCUGCCGUUCAGGACUGUGGAUAUCAGCAGCACUGACAGCUCCGGUUGUGACGCAAAAGAGAACGUGGCUCAUCUCCUGCGACGUGUUAAAGACUCCAAGGCGAAUGUGAGGAAAUCAGCCCUGCAGGCCUUGGUGGGUCUCCUGAAACACGCUGUGAUCCCAACCAGCUGGGAGAACUUGUCCACGCUGUCCGAACGCUGCAGAGACCCGUCUGUGUCUGUGAAGAAGAAGGCCCUGCAGUGUUUGGGAGAGCUGCUCGCUGUGAAACCUGAAUGCAGUGUGGUGCAGAGGGCGUGGCUGCAGGGCGUGGUGCCGGCGGUGGUGGACUCUGAGAGCUCCGUGCAGGAGAGAGCUCUGGAUGCUCUGGACAAAAUGCUGCUCAGCACGGUCAAAUCUUACUCUGCCGGCCAUCACAUGGACGCCGGUCAGAAGCUGACCUGGACCCUGCUGGACCUGCUCUGUCAGGAGUGCCAGAACCUCAGCCGAUACUUCAGCAGAGCGUUCACCAUCUGGUCCAAACAGAACAUGUUCACGCCGACAUUCAUCGCCAACCUCAUCUCUCACACCCAGGCGGAUCACGCUGCCGGAGCCUGGCUGCUGCUCUCAAAGGUUGUCGCCUCGUCUCCGAAACUCCCCUACGGGAAACUCCUGGACGCCUGGGACAACAUGAUGAGUUCAAAAGACGUACCGGUGACGACCUGCUGUCACAUCCUGAGUGUGAUGGGGGACAUCGCUGCACAUCUGAAUGAAGACACCAAAGACAGGAUAGUUGGUGAGCUGAUGUCUUGGUUAAAGACCUUCAUGUUGUCUCUGGAGGUCAUCAGUGCAGCCGUGGAGACUCUUCAUCAGCUUGGUCGCUGUGAAGACAUCAAACAGACUCAGGCUUUUCUGAACCAGCACUGUGGUGAGCUGGUCUCUGUCUGCGAGGCGUAUUUAGCUAACAUCAUCCUGAGCGGGAAGGGAACCCAGAACCUCAAGGAGGAGCUCAUGAUCAAACACCUCCACACUCUGGGUGUGGCCUCGCUCCACUGUCCUGGGAAGGUCGGCAAAAGGACGGUGCUGCUCGUGGAGUCGGUCCUCACUGCGCAGUCUGAAAGAGCGACAGAGUCACCGGAGGAGCUGCCAGCCUCACAGCCUCUGUCUCAGUUCAGAGCAAACUCUCUGCCCACCAGAGUCCGAGCGCACGGAGUCAUCACCUUAGGUAAGCUGUGUCUGCAGCACGAGGAUCUAGUCCAGAAAUACCUGCCGGUGUUUGCCAGAGAGCUGGAGGUUGGAACGGAGGUCGCUGUACGCAACAAUGUGGUUGUGAUCAUGUGUGACCUGUGUGUGCGAUACACCAACAUCGUGGAUCACUACAUCCCCAACAUCUCUGCCUGUAUGCGAGACAAUGAGGCGGUCAUCAGGGAGCAGACUCUCAUCAUGCUGACCAACCUGCUGCAGGAGGAGUUUGUGAAAUGGAAAGGCUCUCUUUUCUUUCGGUACAUGGUGGCGUUGGUCGACCCCAUCCCUGCCAUCGCCAGCCUGUGUGAAUACUGCCUGCUCCACCUGCUGCUGAAGAAAAAUCCAGAGAUGUUCAGUCAGCACUUCAUAGAGUGCAUCUUCCACUUCAACUCCUACAACAAGCACAACACCUACAACAAGUUUCCUCAGACGGACAGAGAAAGAGUUCAGUUCUCUCUGAAAGGAGCUCAGCAUCGUGAGAAGCGUUUCCGGAUUUACCGCUUUCUGUUGGAGCACUUCACAGACGCCCAGCGCUUCAACAUUGUCAUCAAAAUCAACCAGUCUGUCCUGGCAUGCUUUGCAGAUGAGGAGCUGCUUCUGGAUGCAGAUGGAUCUGAAAUCCUGUCAGAGACCUUCAGAAUCUUGAGUCUGAAGGAGAUGAAGCUGCAGGCCGUAUCCAGUACAGCAGGAGGGCCUGCAGAGGAGGAAACAGAGGAGGAGAACAUGGCCAACAUGGCUAAAGCCGUCCUGCAUGCAGCGCAGAAGAAGGUGGUGUCACAGGUCCAGAAGAAGGCCUUCAUAGAGAACACAGUUCCUCUCAUCAUCAGCCUGAAGAGCCUGCUGGAGCAGAAACGCUCUCCAGUCCUCAGAGACCUGAUGACUUACCUCCAGGUGACGAUGCAGGACUACCGUAACGAGGUAAAGGAGUUUUUCUCCGGAGACGAGCAGCUGGCGGCCGAGGUGGAGUUUGCUCUAAAGACGGCAGAAAAGGAGAAAGAGAUGGAGGAACAGAUGGACAACUGCAGCCUGGCAGGAGAAGCCCGGACUCCCACUGCACAGCCUUCAGUCCGUGUCUCUCCCGUCAAGUCCCGGCCCCUCGCCCCGUUCAUCUUUGCCACACCUCAGCCUCCACGGCCAAACCCCCUCUCUGCCAGACAGGCACACACUGACAGGCGUGUGGGCAGGUCCAGGCUGGAUGAAGGUGUCCAGUCUAAGUCGAUCGCUCUGGAGGGAUCAGUGAUGCCUAAAGGAUUUGUGAAUGACCGAGCCAUCAGCACACCAAUGGGUACCAACAUCAACUUUACGUUUGACGAGGGACUCAGCGCAAUCUUCAGUGACCGAGGAAUAAGUGUUAUAGGGGAAACCAGUGUUCUGCAUGUGAGGUCCGAUGAGCAGCAAGCUGCAGGGCCGAGGCAGUGGAACGUGCAGUCUCCGCUCUGCCAGAAGAGAAAGUCCUCCAAAGUGUAGAUGAUGUUCUGCUUCAGUUCUUCUGUUUCAGCUUUUUCUAUUUGAUGCUAAAGACUCAAAAACCUAAACGUUUCCUCCUUCAUGUGUAUCAGUGUUUGUGUCUCGUCUCCUGUCUUUUUGGUAAUAAACUGUGUUUAUAUGA